UGACCCGGAAGUUAUUAGUAUGAUUUUCGGGAGCGCGAAACAGGAAGACGAAAACUGUUGUCAUUUGUUUCUAUAGCUACAGGAUCACCUGGGGGUUAUAAUAAGCUAUAGCUGUGGUUUCCUUUUCAUUCAUCAUGUGUGAAAAGAUCAAGAAGGUGAACAGCUGGCUCAGCUCUGUGUUUGGAGAUCAGCCGGUGCCUCAGUUUGAGGUCAACACGAGGACGGUGGACAUCCUGUACCAGCUGGUCCGGUCCAGUGAAGCCCGGUGCGGGGACACAGCUCUCCUCACUGAAGACCUCCAACAGAAAGCAGCAGAGUAUCAGGCUGAGGGUGCUCAUCUCCGUGAUGUUCUUCUACAAGGUGUAGGUCUGUCCUGUUCAAGCUUGUCAAAGCCCGCUGCUGACUACCUGUCUGCUUUAGUGGACACUGCCAUGGUGCUGGGAGUCAGAGACACAUCACUGUGCAGCUUCAUGCCAGCAGUGAACAACCUCACCAACGAGCUGCUGGAAGAAGAGAAGUCAAACAGGAGACUUGAGAGGGAGCUCAGGGCGCUCAGCAAGAGACUGGGUGCUACUCUGGUGAUGCGGAGCAGCUUACAAGAGGACAUCAACAAAACUGUCAAAUCACAGUCGGUGGAGAGCGCUAAAGCGGAGGAGAGAAUGCUCCACAUGGAUUUUGUUACGGCAAAGGCUAAAGAGCUCAGCAGCAGGCGGGAGAGGGCAGAGGCUCAGCUCGUGUCCAGGAACAUGGACAAGUCUAUCACCCACCAGGCUAUUGUGCAGCUCUCUGAGGAAGCCACCGCGCUGAAACAAGAAAUAAUCCCCUUGAAAAAGAAAAUAGAGACUUACAUGGACUUAAGCCCGAGCCCGUCUCUUGCUCAAGUGAAAAUAGAAGAAGCAAAAAGAGAGCUGGCAGCAAUCGAUUCCCAACUGGAGAUGAAAAUGGAUUUCAAGUGAAGAUAAUGUUUCCUCUUUUGAACUGUAAAUUCUGUGUUUGAAAAAUAAUAGUCAUUGUUGUAAAGGCAUAAA